AUGCCAUUGUCUAACGGUAGAAAUAGAAGAACAAGAAAAUUAUUUAAGAGACCAUUCAGAGGACAUGGAAUUUCAAACACUUCAACCAUUCUUCAUACCUACAAAGUUGGUGAUUAUGUAACCAUCCUCUGUAAUUCAUCUAUUCAACACGGUCUUCCAUAUAAAGCUUUCCAUGGAAAGACUGGACGUGUUUGGAAUGUUAACCCACACGCUAUUGGAGUUAUGGUAAAUAAGAAAGUUAAUAACAGAAUUGUAGUUAAAAGACUUCACAUUAGCCCAGAACAUAUCAGACCAUCUGGAUGCCAAAAAGAUUUCCUUGAAAGAAAAGCUGCUGUUGCUGCUAUUAGAAAGCAAAAUAUUCAAUUGAAGAAAGAAGGAAAAGAACUUCUUCCAUUACCAGCUAAAAGACUUCCAAAACAACCAAGACCAGCUGAACUUAUUAAAGGUACUGAUAUUAAGUUCACUACUGUUGCUCCACUUAAAUUCGAAGAACUUUAUUAA